AUAACGUAGGGUAGACCGGGGCAGGUUCGGACAUGGGGCACCUCCGGACAAUUUGAUUUUACCGCCUUCCAUAGCGAAAUGUGAUUUCAUAUUUUAACAGUUGGUUACAGUGCUUUGUUCAAUCCGUGUGUCAAAAUUUCGUGCCGGUAUUUUAAGUGAUUUUGAAGUUAUUAUUAAAAGUCGUAAAACGCUACCUGAACAUGGUUAGAAAUUACGUUAAAAAACGAAAUCGACCCGAGGUUCCUGAAGAAACAAUCCAAACAGCUGUUUCAAAUGUAAUUCAAAAUAAUAUGUCGAUACGACUUGCUGCUAGCACAUUUGGUGUAAAAAAAUCGACGCUUCAUGACAGAGUUUCAAAGGCCAAGAGGCAAAUUGCCCAUUCUGAUUCUGGAAAUGACAGUGAUGAAGGCUCGUUGCAAAUUUCAGGCCUUUCAAAAUAUGCUACUCGGCAAAUAUUUUCUGUAAACGAAGAAAAUGAACUUGAAUCAUAUCUUAAGCAAUCAUCACAAAUUUUAUAUGGUUUGACAUAUCAGGCAACUCGGAAAUUGGCGUAUCAGUAUGCAGUUAAAUUGCAAAAAACUUUUCCUAUACAGUGGAAAGAAAACGAAAUUGCUGGCGUCGAAUGGAUGCGGUUGUUUAUGAAGCGCCAUCCAAGACUAUCAUUGAGAAAACCCGAAAACACCAGUGUUGCACGGGCGUCGGCUUUUAAUAAACAUAAUGUUGAUGAAUUUUUUAAUAAUUAUAUUCAGGUACAAGACAAAUACAAGUUUGAUCCGAGUCGUAUUUGGAAUACAGAUGAGACUGGUAUAUCUACAGUCAUUCAGGCACCUAAAGUGAUAGCAGAAACUGGCAAAAGAGUUGUUGGUCAGUGUGUUUCUGGGGAAAGGGGCACAUUAGUUACAUUUUGCGGCGUAGUUUCCGCUACGGGUAACACAAUCCCUCCGAUGUAUAUAUAUCCUCGCAUCCGCAUGAAAAAUCAUUUUUUAAAUGGUUCUGUACCCGGUGCCAUAGGUUAUGGCUCAAAAUCAGGUUGGAUGACUGCCGAAUUAUUUGUCAAAUUAUUAGAACACAUAAAAAUUCAAACUCAGAGCAGUAAAAUGCAUCCCAUACUUUUGUUAAUGGAUAACCAUGAGACUCAUGUGUCAGUUGAGGCUAUCAACUAUUCACGCGAAAAUGGAAUAGUAUUGGUAUCGUUUCCACCACAUUGUACACACAAAAUGCAACCUCUUGACAAAACCGUGUAUGGACCUUUUAAACAAAAAUGCAAGGUAUCUUUUAAUGAUCACAUCUCGAGCAACCCGGGAAGACCUGUAACAAUUUAUGAUAUUGCCAAACUGACAUCAGAACCCUACCUGCAAAGUUUUACGCCUAAAAAUAUUAUAAGCGGUUUUUCAAGCACCGGAUUGUGGCCCAUCAACAGACUAAUUUUUUCAGAGGAAGACUUCUUUGGAGCAUACGCUACAGACCGAACAAACCCACAACCUGAAAGAAACGAAGAUUCUGAAAAAUUGGUCACCAUUGUCGAUCCCAGUGUUAAAUCGGUUGACCAAGAUGUUAACCACGUUGACCUUUCUCCAUCUGAAAAAGACAAUUUCCAUAUAAAUCAGGCAUCUAUUUCUUUGUCUGCCAACAAUUUAUCGACCAAUUCUGAAAACAAAUUCACACACGAUGUAACAGCAAUGAUGCGUUCAAUAGUUAAUGAAAUUGUGAAAGAAGCAACAAAGCCAUUGAUCAAUAUCGUUUCAUUGCACAUAUUGAAACCAUCAGAUAUAAAACCGUUCCCAAAAGCAGCGCCUCGAAAAACAAACAGGAAAUCUCGUGUAGGAAAAUCAAGAAUUUACACAAGCACGCCAGAGAAAACUCGAAUUGAAGAAUUACAAGAAAUAAGGAAGUUGAAGUUAGACAAAUCUGGAACCAAGAAAAAAUUAGUAAUAAAUAAAACCAGCAUUCAAACACUUAAAAGUAGAAAACCCACAAUAACACAGAAUAUCCAGAAGAAGGGAAAUAAGAAUAAUACCAGAAAGAGAACGAAAAUACCCAAAGAAAGUGAUACAUCUUCAGAUUCUAAUUCAGAAUCUUUUAAAUUUAUGACAAAAAAGAACAAAUUUCUGGACUCUUCAUCUGACUCAGACAUUGACAUGACGGAAUCUGAUUGCGAUGAAUUCUCUAAGCUUUUAGAUGAUGAGGAGAUUUUGUGUGACGACUACGUUCUGGUACAAUUUCCCACCAAGAAAACAGUGAUUCAUUACGUUGGGCAAGUGAUACAGCUUGCAGAAAACGGCGAGUUUGUCAUAAAAUAUUUGAGGAACACACACAACCGUUUCCACUUUCCCACCGUGGAUGAUAUUUCAACCAUAACAAGAUCAGAAAUAGUGGGGAAACUGCCUAGGCCAACUUCUGUUACUGGAAAUGCUCGUCUUUCAAGUUUCUUAAAAUUCAAUGUCAAUUUUUCUUCCUUAAAUGUCAAAUAAUUUUAACGUUUAAAUAUACCUUUUGAAAGUCAAAACUAUGUAUGAAACAUGUCCGAACGUACCCCAUGCGUGUCCAAAACUGCCCCACCAUGGGGCACCUUUGGACAAUUAACACUUUUUUGUUUUGCCUUUUUUUGUAAAAAACUGGAGAAGUUUGUUCUUAAAUUGCUAGGUUAUUAGUUAAAAAACAUAUGAAGCAAUAUAUUUUCAGCUUUAGAAGAUUUAGUUUAAAUAAAAUAAUAGUAAAAAAAUCUGCUUAACAAAAAAUGUCCGAACCUA